CUCGUCUCUGCGUGUAUAUUCCCUUCAAACCAGUCAAUCGUAGCAAAACCAACCAACAAAACAACUCACCAAGCAUCUGAAAGUAUUCAAAAUGCCCGAAAGCGCCCAAGUCCCUGAGACAGAGCCGCAGAGCCAUGAUACAGUGCCUGCAGUGCCAGAACCCGGUGAAGCAGGCUCUAGUGGACCUGGACCUGGACCUGGAUGUGGGCAGGGGCGAGGCGCGCCAGGCAGAGGAGGCGCAAGGAGUAGGGGAGAUGGAAGGGUCAGGGGACGGGAAUGGAGGGGGCCGGGCAAGCACUGCAGGAGCCCAAGAAACGGCCUCGGACGCUAGUACUGCACCUAAGCCAUUCAAGACACCUUUCAAGACAGUGCCAGCGAACGAGCCUGAAGAACACGAGCAGCCUACCUAUGACGCCGAGCUCGUCCUUCCCGGGCUCCCUCUAUACCCUCCCUGCUCAUCGAUCUGUGUCUGGGCUAUCUCAGCCUGCAGGCGUGGUGCUGGAGCCGGAGAACAGUGUUCGAGCAAUUAGCCGCGUUCGACUCGCCUCGUCAAUCCCCAGGGGCUAUUGUUGGAUGCUGUCUGACAUUGUCUGUUGUUAGGGAUGGCACUAUCUGCAUAAGGUCUACGAAUGUUCGGUCAUAACUCAUCAGCAAAACACUCCCUCGACUCAAUCACGACAUCAAUCAUUUGUCCUUGAGACCCACAGGUGCGUAUAUGGUUUUCGUAUGGAUUGAAUAACGGCUGUUCUUGGUAUCACAUGGAGGCGCGUCGAGGUUGUAUAGGCGGCUUUUGGGCUAUCGCUCCUCGUUGGAUGGCUUUCCCAACUUACAGAUGGUCUCAUUCCAUCUGAACUCCGUCCCAGGAGGCAAGUACAUUGUAAUUGUUGUGGUUGACUAUGACUUCUUCCAUGUUUUUUGAUCACGAGGGUUGGAAAACCUGUCACCAUUAUGUUAUGCACCCAUCUCGCCUUCAC